AUGUUACAAAAGUGUUAUGGUGACAAUACUCUAUCGAAAACACAGGUGUAUCAGUGGUAUGAACGCUUCAAAAGUGGUCGUGAGGCUGUUGAGGACGAUGCUCGUCCUGGGAGGCCAUCGACAUCGAAAACUGAUAAAAACGUCGAUGAAAUCCGACAAUUGUUGAUCGAAAAUUGCAAAUUGACGAUAAGGGAGAUAGCUGAGACCACCAACAUAUCAUUCGGAUCCGUUCAGAGCAUUUUGCGUAAGGAUUUGGGUCUGAGGCGAGUCACUGCAAGAUUGGUGCCAAAAGAACUGAAUUUCGUGCAAAAAUUGCGUUGA